UAGUUUUUUGAAUUCGGGCUCCCUCCUCCUCCAUGACUUCGAACCGACCGUAGAUGGAAAUCAAGAACGCCGGCGGCGACGCUCCCACCAUCGCCACCGACGCUCGCUCCAUCGGCGCCGAGCUCGUCCCGGGCUGGGACCAGCCCUUCACCGCCCAAGAACUCGACGCCAUCGAAGCCGCCGUCGAGACCGCCGUCUCCAAGAAGCGGCGCUCCGUCUCCGGCGCCGGGAACGACGGCGAGGAUCGCCCCGGCGGGGUCCGACGGCGUCUGCCCGGUUCAUUCUCUUCGCAACAUAGUAUGCGGGUUAAACUCCCCAUGAUGACAUUCGGAGGUCGGAUUGCGUACAGCCGGAGUGCUACUGAUGUGGAGAGAGCCGCGGCCGAGCUUUUGAAGAAAAUCAAUGCCAUGAAAAGUGUAAUGGAUCAAGUCAUAAUUGGCUUUGACAUUGAGUAUAGGCCCACAUUUCAAAAAGGUGUUCAACCUCGGAAGACGGCAGUAAUGCAGAUUUGUGGUGACAAUGACCACUGCCAUGUGAUGCAUGUUAUUUAUUCUGGUGUACCUCCCAGUUUGAAGCUUAUUUUAGAGGAUACAAGUGUAUUAAAGGUUGGAGCAGGCAUAGCUGGUGAUGCUAGGAAGGUGCUUAAGGAUUACAAUGUAUCUGUCAAUGCUUUUCAGGAUCUUUCAGAACUUGCUAAUCAAAAGCUUGCCAUGCCUCGUUAUAGGUGGGGUCUUGCAUCUCUAACCGAGGUGCUUCUAAAUAAGCAGCUGAACAAAUUCAUGAAAAUUAGGUGCGGAAAUUGGGAGGCUCUUUUUUUAUCAAAAGAACAACAACUUUAUGCUGCCACCGACGCAUUUGCUUCUUGGCAUCUAUAUCAGGGGGCAGCUAAAUCUUGUGUUGUCUGGUUGCAUAAUUUGGCAUCACAUGCAGGUCUUAAAGAGCCUGCCAGAUGCACAAAGGAACGACAUUGAGAAUAACGAAGAGAAACUGACUGUUGCACUGCCAUAGUUACCUUUGAGAUAGCCUGGCAUCUGAACAAGGUGUUGCUAACCUCUUUCUCAUCCUUCAGUCCGAUUUUAUGCUGUGGGGACAAGAACAGAUUGUGGAAGCAGGGGAGUCACUGCAAAUUGCACAGUCCACAUCUUUCUUCCCUUUUGAUCAAUAUAGUACUGGACCAAUUCGUUACUGUAUGUUCAUGAUGGAUGAGAAGUGCUUCGUCCCCACAUAUAUUGGCCCAACUUCAGUGUGAAGUGUCCCCUUUUAGUGGAGUUGGGACAGAGGUAAGAUGACCGGCUCCAUGUUCUGAUAUUUAUCUCUCUCCAUGAAAAAGAGAGUAGGGCCGAACUUAUUGGAUUGCCAUGUAAGAAAUUGGUUAAUUGGAGUUCGGUGAUUUUGGACAUCUGGGUUCUUUCUUUAUAUAAUUUCUAUAAGAAAUAAGAUGACCUUCGAAACCAAAAUUUGGCCGGUCAUUGAUUGGAAACUUCUCAAGUAGACAAAUUUGAGUAGAAUGAGUUCCUAUCAGUAUUUUUUUCUUCUUGUACGUGAUUUGUGGCAAUUCAAUUUUGUCUUGUUGUACGUGAUUUGUGGCAAUUCAAUUCUGUCUUGUUGUAAGCUGUGACAAGAGUGUGCAGCCGGAUUUCAAAACAGUUGUUCCCGAUUCGGUUACUCGAGGAUCAAUGAGUAAAACCAGUAUACUCCCCGUCA